AUGUCCUAUACAUCAAAACUUCCUGUGUGGUGGAAUGCAGAGCCGCCUCCGCGGAAAUUGGAAAUUGACCUGAGUUCACCUGGAUUAGCUGUGUUUGAGUUGGAAAAACUCUUGUAUACUGGCAAAGCCAUAAUCAGUCAUGCAGAUGAAGUGUGGCCUAGGCUGUACAUUGGUGACCAACACAGUGCAGAGAACCAGGCUGAUUUGUACAAGAAUCACAUCACUCACAUCCUGAACGCAGCUCACAGUAAUCGUAAGGGACAACCAGAUAUCUAUGAGGGAAUGAAGAUCACCUACAUGGGCAUAGAGGCUCAUGACUCCUGUAACUAUGACAUGAGUGUCAACUUCCAGGCAGGAGCAGACUUUAUCCAUAGAGGUCUGAGCAGAGGAGGCAAAGUGCUGGUCCACUGUCAUGUAGGAGUGAGCCGCUCUGCCACCCUGGUCCUGGCUUACCUGAUGCUGAAGCAGAACCUCACUCUUGUCAAGGCUAUUUGUGCUGUGAAAGAGAGCCGUGGUGUGAUUCCUAACCGAGGUUUCCUUCGACAGCUCAUCAAACUGGACGAGCAGCUCUUUGGCAAACAUCGCUGA